AUGAACAUGCCGUUUCUUGGUCAGUCGCCUCCGAACGAAGCUCAUUCUCAACAUAAUCUGAAUGCGAUUGGGGAAAUUCUCAAUCGAAAGACCUCUGUGGCACAGAUCAUGUCGAAAACUGUCGAAGGUCUCAAUCAUGCCUACGAACUACGCGAUUCCUCACCUGAAGAUCUCAUUUUUGAUCUCUUUAAAAUGCCUAACAAAGAAGAAGCCAGUAUUAGUAAACUAAUCAAGGUCCUCAAAUCCUUCGGACUGCGAGAUACCGAUCCACGAUUGCGACAUAUGAUAGAGAGGAUGAAGAGUUUUGAAGAAGAAGACGAUGAUGCUCGGAAUUUUCUUCUAACCCGUGACAAGUUCAAAGAAUGCAUUCAACCAUCGAUGCAAUUGAUCUCACAAGCACUUCGUAAUCACCUUAUCAUUCCAAGCUGGGGAGAAUUUUGCGCUCAAGUCAAGGCCAUAUUUGAAGAGUGCAAACAUGUCAAAGAUGGCAAUGUGGCCACGUAUAUUCCCCAGUUGGCUCGUCAGAACCCAGAGAUCUGGGGUGUCUCCAUUUGCAGCAUUGAUGGCCAACGGGUCUCUUUUGGCGAUUCCAAAGUUCCGUUCUGUGUGCAAAGUGUGUCGAAGGCCUUCAACUAUGCUAUUGUGUCAUCAGAUCUGGGAGCCGAUUUCGUUCAUUCCUAUGUUGGUCAUGAGCCAAGCGGACGACUUUUCAAUGAAAUCUGCUUGGACGCUAAUGGAAAACCACAUAACCCACUUAUCAAUGCCGGUGCUAUCAUUGUGACGUCGCUGAUACGAAAUCACCUCACAAUGGCUGAUCGUUUUGAUUUUGUACUGAACGAGUAUCGAAAGCUCGCCGGAGGCGAACAUGUGAUUCAAUAA